AUGGACGCGGGCAUCAUUCGCAACUUCAAGCUCAAGUACAAGGCCCAAUUCUUGCAGUGGCUACUAGACAUCGUGACGGCAGGGACGGGGGACAAGAUGCUCGACGUUCUAAGCGCAAUCCGUAUGGUGGUAAAAUCUUGGGCUGAGGUGCGCCCUGAAACUAUUCGACACUGUUGGAUCCACACUGGAAUCGUGUCGGGAGUUAUGGCGGCAGUGCUCCGUAAGCAAGACGAGCCGACGACUAUCUGGAGUGUGACAGAAACCUGGAAGAAUGGGAACCAGACUCCGAUGCAACUGCCACCUCCGAGCCAGUUUCGCGUGAUGACGACAGCGACGGAGACGAAAACCCCGUAUUCACUCAUCGCGACGCGCUGA